UGUCGUCCAGUCAUACGUCAUCAGCGACUGAUAAAUAUCACGAAAAAAUGCAGACUCAGCACCUUGAUAAGACGAAAAAAUAACUCUUCUCUUUUGAAUAGAAUAUUCGUUGCGUUCAUUGUGUGGCAUUAAAGAUAUCUUAUUAUUUCCUGAAUUUCAUAUUCUAACCUAUACGCGUUGUCAUACUUGUCAUCGCGAGAUGAAAAAUAUCAUGAGACAGACCAGUGACAAAUAUGGCAUUAUGUCAACGUAGGAAAUCUUCGUAACGAUCUCCAUGUGAAUAAAGCUGACGUCAAUGAGCAAGAAUUGAUCUUGUUUACUUUGGCUUGUGAUUCUUUUGCCCCGAAAAGAUGGGAUCGAACGAGGAGAAUAGACUUGCAAACGGCGACGUUCGGAUACACAGAGACGUUGAUUGGGCUAGAUAUGGUUUACGUGACCCAGAGGCGCAAGAAAACGCAAAGAGGAAUAAUGGAGAUGAUAACAAUGCUCUUGAUCCAGAAAUGUAUCAGGCCGGUGCAAAUGAAUUGUUCGCGCAAGAAUAUAGUUCAGAUCCUUGGUGGAAAUCAAAUUUUUUUAUCUCCCAACCUGUGUUGUUUGGCACCUGGGAUGGUGUUUUUACAUCUUGCCUUAUUAACAUAUUUGGUGUAAUUGUAUUUCUGAGAUCUGGCUGGAUAGUUGGUCAAGCAGGUGUUUUGAAUGCAGUAUUAAUCAUCUUUUGUACAGUGUGUAUUGCAUUGGUGACAGUACUGUCAGCUGUGGGUAUAUGUGAACGGAGUAGAGUCGAAAGUGGUGGAGUGUACUUUCUCUUGUCGCAUGUACUGGGUUCUAGAUUUGGUGGCUCCAUCGGAUUACUUUACUGCUUCGGGCAGGCGGUGGGUUGUGCUCUAAACGUUUUAGGUUUUGGGGAAUCAAUGGCCGGUCUUGUAGGUUUGAAUUCAGCAUGGACACAACGUGGCUUUGCGUGCGCAGCCGUUGUAUUGUUGUCUAUAAUUAAUGUGGCUGGUGUUAAAUGGGUUAUAAAAUUGCAAUUUAUCCUCUUACUUAUCCUACUCCUCGCUGGAGUUGAUUUCAUGGUUGGAAGUUUUACUCAUACCAACAUUGAUUCUGGUUUUGAAGGUUGGCUUUCAGGAAAUUUGAGGAACAACACUUUUCCUGAUUAUCAAGAUGGAUAUAACUGGUUUACUGUAUUCGGUGUAUUCUUUCCCACGGUCACCGGUGUUUUAGCUGGAAUUAACAUGAGCGGAGAUUUAAGGCAUCCAUCUAGCGACAUUCCCAAUGGUACUUUAGCGGCGUUGGGAACUGGAACGUUUUUAUAUUUAUGCUUUUCGUUAACUCUCGCGGCAACUUGCGUCAGAAAUGCUUUGCUUAUCAACUUUACCAUAGCAUCGACGGUAUCAGCAAUCUCAGUGUUACUACUCGCUGGUCUGUAUGUAUCAUCAUUCAGUAGCUGUUUAGGUGCCAUGUACGGUACACCUCGCGUUCUCCAAUCUAUCGCCAGUCAAAAUGUUAUACCAGGAAUGAGUUGCUUGCAAAGAGGGAGAGGACCAAAUAAAGUACCUGUAUACGCUAUGCUAGUUGUUGCUGUAGUAACGUUGACUUUCAUCAUUACCGGACAAAUUAAUACACUUGCUCCAAUUGUGACGAUGCCAUUUCUGUUAACAUAUGCCUGCUUAGAUUAUGCAUACUUCGCUCUCGCACAAACAUUUGAUCUUCGACAUACUCGCGAACAACGAUUCCGUUCGCAAUCUCCGACAUUCGAUCGCAAUUAUGGCUCCGCAAGUAGAAACAACUCGAUAAUUGAUAUGGAUAAUGAUUUGGACAGUUUAUUUCCUGAGAGAAUAAGACAUAAAAAUCUUAUGAGAAACAACAGUCUUUCUGACAAUAAUGUAUAUGUGGAUUCAUCGCCGAGUAUCGAAGAUAAUACCAGUGUUUCCGGUACACCAGAACGAAAAGUUCACAUCCAUAAUAAAUUAGGAAAUUGGUACAGUCCUUUGUGCAAUAGAUGGUUUUCGUUAUUGGGUUGCCUUGUAAAAUUGCUUAUAAUGUUUCUCGUACACUGGGGAUAUGCGAUCGCUAAUAUUGUCGUCGUAUUUCUCGUUUGGAGUUAUGUCGGCCACGCUAACCCUGCUGUAAAACCUGGAAUUUCUGCGGAAUUCCAAUUCUUUAAAUGGUUUCGAAUUGCAUUACUUCGAAUUAUGGGGAGGAAAGUUUAUGAUUACGAGCAGAUAGUAGUAACCCCAGUGCAUCCAGGUGUUCAAAUGUGUUCGGCUCAACUGAAUGAAGAAAAUGAAGAUUUCUCCGGAAGAAGAAGAUAUCAUCAAACAGCUACAGUUACAGGUCAAUAUGUUAAUGUCGACUAAAUGUAUGAAAUUAUGUGAUCUUUCCGAAAUUAUCAAUUGCGUGAGUUUAUAUGCUAUUCCAGUAACAAAUAGUAGCGUCUUUUUUAGUGGCAGGAACAGAUUAUGAAUGCAUAUAUACUAAUGGCUAAUAUUUAAUAUGAUAUUUAAGACUUGAUAAGGAGCAGCUUAGCUUAUAGCAAUCUUUAAACAACUAUCAUUUCCACUUCUUAUUUUAUAAUAUUGUCAAUCGCUAACAGCUAGUCUAAUUUAUUUAAUGUGCAUACGCAUUUGAAAUGAAAUGCAGUAUAAUUGCAGCUUUAAAAGCAGUUUUUAACAAUCAAUGGGAUCAUAUAUAAAAUUGAUUGUAUGAAACGUACAAAGAACUGAUAUAAUGGUAGCGUUAGAUUUUAUAAGUAUUUACUUAUCGCGAUUGACGUACAGAGAUAAUUUA